AUGCCCGCACACCCAGGUACACAUACACAGGUGCGCACCGUGGUGUUCAACCUGAAGGACCCCAACAACCCAGACCUCCGCGGCCGCGUCGCCGCCGGCCACGUGCCGCCGGAGGCGCUCGCCCACAUGGGCGCGGAGGAGAUGGCCAGCGACGCCCGCAAGGUGGCGAACGCGCAGAUCCGCAAGGAGAUGGCGGCAGAGCUGGUCCGGGGGCAGAGCCAGAUGGCGACGACGGACCAGUUCCAGUGA